AUGGGGAUAUUAGAUGUCUUUCUCCAAUCGUUCAGUUCUGCUUUCUUGUUGGGGGCACUGACAGUCAUCCUCCUUGUCUAUUUCAUCGUCACUCCAAGCUUCAAUUCUCAAAAAAAACAAAAGGGUCCUCCAGGACCCAGACCACUUCCUGUGCUGGGGAACCUGCUGCAACUGGACCUGAAAGGACCUUACAAAACAUUGCUGGAGUUAUCCAAGAAAUAUGGAUCAGUCUUCACGGUCUAUCUGGGACCUAAAAAGGUGGUGGUCCUAGCAGGAUACAAGACAGUGAAGGAGGCACUUGUAGACUAUGAUGAUGUGUUUGGAGACAGAAGCCCAACGAAACUUGUGCAUGAAUUAACCAAAGAGCAUGGAGUUCUGUGGUCCAAUGGUGACUCAUGGAGAGAAAUGAGACGCUUUGCAUUGACUAAACUGAGAGACUUUGGAAUGGGCAAGAGAGCAUGUGAGGACAAAAUAAUUGAGGAAUGUCAACAUCUCAUUGAAGUAUUUAAGAAAUUUAAAGGAGAAGCGUUUGAUACAACCCAAUCAAUUAACUGUGCAGUCUCUAAUAUUAUCUGCUCCAUCGUCUAUGGCAGCAGAUUUGAAUAUAAUGAUCCAGAGUUUACAUCUUUGGUAGAUCGAACAAACAGAUUUGUCAGACUCGGUGGAAGUCCCUCAAUACAGAUGUAUGAAAUGUUUCCAUCAAUCCUGAAGUGGACUGCUGAUAGGAAUGAAGGGUUCAAACUGGCUGCUGCCAAUAAAAUGCAAAACCGUGCCUUCUUCCAUCGUUUAAAAGAGACUCUGAACCCACAGAUGUGCAGAGGCUUUGUAGACGCCUUUCUGGUCCGCAAAGAAAAUCUUGAGGAAUCUGGGAUUACCAACAGUCACUUCCAUGAUGAUAAUCUUCUGAUAACAGUCAUGAAUCUGUUUGCUGCCGGCACUGAGACAACAUCAACUACACUGAGAUGGGGACUUCUGCUAAUGGCCAAAUAUCCGAAGAUACAGGAUGAGGUCCAGGAGGAGCUGAGGAGGGUCAUAGGAGAUCGACAGGUGCAGGUUGCUGACAGGAAAAACCUUCCCUUCACUGACGCCGUCAUCCAUGAGAUACAGAGACUGAGCAGCAUCGUCCCCACUGCACUUCCUCACAAAACCACCCGAGACAUCACUUUUCAGGGUCACUUUAUUGAGAAGGGAACCACAGUGUUUCCUCUCUUGACAUCUGUCCUGCAUGAUCCAAGUGAGUGGGAGAGGCCUCACAGCUUUUAUCCUGCUCAUUUCUUGGACAAAGAGAAAAAGUUUGUCAAGCGAGAUGCCUUCAUUCCAUUUUCUGCAGGUCGCAGGAUUUGCCUCGGAGAGAGUCUGGCCAGGAUGGAGCUCUUCCUCUUCUUCACCACCCUCCUGCAGCAUUUUCGUUUCACUCCUGCACCUGGAGUUUCAGAGGAUGAAUUGGAUCUGACUCCAGUUGUGGGCAUUACUCUCAGCCCUUCACCUCACAAAUUAUGUGCUGUUUCCCAAAUGUGA